AUGGCAUCGGACCCGGCCCCUCGGCCACGCGCUGUCGCUAGCAUGGCCCCGCUGGUCCGCCGCGACGAGGACGAGGCGUCGAGCCUGCUGCCCCUCUUCAUCGUGCUCGCCAUCUUUGUCGCCCUCGCCAUCGCCUGGUUCGCACUCUCGUCGUGCAUGGGCGACAACCUGCGCCGCUCCAUCUCGCAACACAUCUCGCGCCUCUGGGACCGCAUCCGCGGCCGCUCCACCGGCCGUCGACGCGGUCGAUACGGCCACAUGCUCGGCGACGACGACGACGAUCCCGAGGCCACCGCCUUCGACGUCACCUUUGACGAUCCAGAGGAAGACCUCUACCGUCACCACAGCACCAACUCGCCCUCGCACCCUGUCGGCUAUGACAACGACGACGACGACGACGCCAGCAGGCGCUACGAGGCCCGCCAGUCGCAGCAGCCCUACGGCUACUAG